UGGGCGGUGAGAGGCUACCAGAAGGCGUGGAGCAGGGAUCGCACCAUGGGAAGCAGACCAGCUGUUCCUUUGUCCCCACGCAGGGUGGCUCUGACCGGCCACGUCGUUCCCGUGGACCCCGCAGAUGGACCCGCGUGCGGGAUCGGGCUGCGAGGUGAGGUGCUGCUGCCCAUGGUGUCCCCGUGCUGCAGAGACAUGGUGGCUGUAGCUGAGGAGCCCCAGGAGGCGAUGACGACCCCGACUGAAGACGCACCCAAGGUGGUGGACACAGAAGAGGACCAACACGAGGUGCCGUUGACUCUGACCAAGGAUUCCCCUAAGGUGCUGGUGUCCACAAACAAGGAUCUCCCUGAGGUGCCAGCAGAGCAGCUGAGACGCAACAUGCCACGGGGGACCUGCCUGAUCCACAACUGGCAGGAGGAGAGAGCCACCAACCACCUGGACUAUGUGGUACCACUGGAGUUGGGCAGCGAGGGCUUCAUCUACCGUCACGGUCACCGCGGGCUGCUGGCUCCCCUGCACGCACCAGUCUCACUGCCUUGCAGCACCACCAAGGAUGCCUUCCGCCCACCCCACAGAAUCCCACUGCUGGCACAAGGGCAGCGAGAAGCCAUGCUGGAGAGGAUGCUGUACCAGAAGUACCGGCAGGAGCUGAUGGAGGAGAUCCACCCACCGCCUGGUUCCAUGGAGACACUCUCCACCACACACCAGGAUUAUCGGGCGGGAGGCUUCCAGCCCACACCCCCACUGACCACCCAGCCCCAUAACUACCACAUGGAGCAGCCCCGCAGCUUCUGGCUGGAGCGAGUCCACAGCGUGCCUGGUGUCACCUGCAUCCGCACUGGGGACAGUCCCUUCCGUAGGAACGCCACCUUCUCCACCCCCAUCAGCGAGUAUCUGGAGCAGCCUCUGCCCUAUGAGGCAGCUACCCGCCAGCCGCAGCCCAGCAUGCAAUAAAGAGCAGGAGCGAGCC